AUGUUUAUUCAAUAUUUACGUGGACUUUCGUUUUUAUAUCGCGUUAGCCUGCUCGCUCAAGUAAGUGAUUUGUUACGGAGAUGAUCUAGAUCCGCCAUUUGUCUUUAAUUAUGGUGAUUAACAGAAACCUGCGACGAUUUCCAUAAAAUGCACUAUUGGAACGACAAAUGAAAUCAUAAAAUUCAAAGAACAGCUCAGGGGUAUACUAUAAAGUGGCCAACAUCUACUGAAGUUUAUUUAUGAUUUGCGUUUUAAUACAGGGGGUAUUAUUUUGGUGACCCGAGAGGAGGGUUUUGUUGACAUGAUGUCUUUGCGUGGUUGAUUACACAGGACAUGAAAUAUCUCUCAACUCACGUACAAGUUUCGGUACAGGUUGUAUUUGAAAAUGGCGUAAAAUGAUAUUUUCUAACCUUUGCGGGAUUAUUUGCGACAUCCCGUGUUAAGGAACAAUAAGUAAGGUUAAUUUAAUUAAUAACGUUAACAGAGGAAGAGUGAAACCUCAGUUUUAGUCCUGUUUCCUAUUUCCCGUAAUGGCCCCAGUUCCUACAAGUUCCUGUUUAUUUAUGCGCUGGGAACAGAGUCUCCUUUGAUUUUCUUAGAUAAGAAAGAUCGAAGGAGACUCUGUACAGGCAACUCUGCUCGCAGAGUGUAGGAGCCAUCACUGUUUACAACUUGUUUUUGUUAUUCAAAUAUGUGAUGGGUGAAACAAAAGAACUAACGCUUCCGGUUAGAACAUUAAUAUCAGUAGGUGACGUCAGCAUGAGUAUCCCAAUGUUUCUCUGUUAUGCUUGGCAGAAAGGUAGGGUAUUGGGGGGGAGGGGGGGUGAGGUGAAGGGAGGGAGGAGUGGAGGUUAUGGUUGCAUUGCUCCUGCAACUGCUCCCUGUAAGUAGUGGGAUCAAGAUGAAGAGGGACAUGUUCAAAUGGUUAUUUUUUUGAGCCCCAGAGAUUUUUGUUACCUCCUGGAGAAAAUAUAACAAGAAAAUCUCCUGUGAUUUUACCCAAAGGAAACUCGCCAUAUCUUAGGAUAUAACUUUUUAUUACGUUUUUAUCUUAUUUCUUUAAUACUCAUUUCUUGCUGUUAUAUUGUAUUUCAAAUUAUGAAAUUUUUCUUUUAUUUAUAUUUGUUAUUUUUUUUACUGCUAUUAUUAGUCUUGAUUACCAUAUAAGCUAGAUAGUUACGUUUAUGACAGUCGAUAGGAACAGGUAAAAUUGUCAAUUCUUGUGCUAAUUAUUGUUAGUUAAUCACUAGUCCUAAUUUUUAUAAAUUGUAAUUAUCACAUGGCAUGUCUGGAAACCAGCUUGCUGAGCCAUUUACCGUGUUCAAAUAAAGUUGAUUGAUUGAUUGAUUAUGAAAAUUGGGUGGGUAUGCCAACAGAUAGUUGACAUGAAUCAAAAUUUGAAAACCAAUAGAAAUAGUACCAAAGGGAAAAAAAUAACACAAGGAAUUUUUUGAGAUCACCCUGUAUCAUGUUAAUGGUGAUCAUUGCUUGAUGAUAAAUACCAGGCAUACUUCAGUCACGGGGGGGCAGAUGCCAUCCUUGCAUUGGUGAGUGACCCUUUGCCCCCAAAAGGAAAGUGAGGCCAAAAUUGACGACCUGUCGUAAGCUUUCUAUAGUCUUGAUGUCAUUAUAUGUCUGCUAGACAGUUAUGUAUGUCCCUGUAAUUUCUGAACUUCAAAAGAGUUUGUUGUAUUUUACUGUCAAAGUUUCAACCUAUCUUCAUGUCAUUUGUUGUCAUUUCAUCUGUCUUAUGGUGCUAUUUCAGGGCCAUGUCCCUUGUCGAAAUUUUACCCCAACAGGGCCUGAGUCCCCAUGAUGUAGUCUCAUGUAUUCAUUUUAUUAUUGUUUUAUCUUUGUUUUAUUAGCUUGUAGCUACCAAUCAGCUUGAACAGGCCACUCUGAACCCAGAAACCAUUCAGCGCUUGAUAUCUAUGGCAGAGCUUCAGGCUCCAAGGAUGAGAUCAAGGACUAUGGAAAGCCUCCAGAUUUACACCUGA